GCCGUGGCGCUUUGACUCCACCCCCUGACUGUGAGUCGCAGGCACCUGUCAGGCACAGGUUUAGUUGGGAGUUUGCGAUGAUGGGAUUCAGCAGCAGCUUGUGCAUCUGUGGCGCGACGCUUGUCCUGCUGCUGCUGCUGCUGACUUCUGUGGCCCCUUCCCAGGCUGCUCUCUACUCCCCGGAUGAGCCCGUGGUGUUUCUUGACACAAAGGCCAGAUCGUAUUUGUUGGAAUCCCGCAGUUUUUGGCUGGCAGAAUUCUACGCCUCAUGGUGUGGCCACUGUCAGAAUUUUAAACCAACAUGGAGCGCUCUGGCCGAAGAUAUCAAGGACUGGAGACCAGUGGUUUAUUUGGGGGUGAUCGACUGUGCUGAGGCAUCCAACUCUGAUACAUGUACUGAAUUUGGAGUUAAAGGAUAUCCUACUGUAAAGUCCUUCAAACCCUUUACAAAAGAAAUUUCAGAAGGUGUCGAAGAGAAAGAUCAUACUAUCCAGGCGCUGAGGGAAACCAUCAUUAAAAGACUAGAGGAACAAAAGGAUUCUAGACCCCCUGCAUGCCCCCCUUUGGAGCCAAUCAGCGCAUAUGAAGUUGAACAGUUCUUCAUAACACACCAAGAAGAUUACUUGGCACUGAUAUUUGAGGAAGCUUCAAUGUACAUAGGAAGAGAGACAGCGUUGGAUAUGGUACAGUAUGAAGGUGUCUCCGUGCGCAGAGUCCAUCGUGAUCAGGAUGACAUAGUGAACAAAUUCCAGAUUCCUUCCUUUCCAGCUCUUGUCUUGCUCUGUAAAAAUGGAUCCAACACUAUAGUUAAUAUGGUAGAAGAUACUCGCUCUUCAUAUACCAACUUCUUGCGUUCACUCCCUGGAGUGAGGAAAGGAAAUCUCCCAAUCAUUGGCAUGUCCAGUAACAAUACUACCCAACAAGAUAAUAGACGGAUUUCAGACAGCUCCAAACUGUAUCUGGCAGAUCUGGAAUCAGCAGUGCAUUAUACUCUGCGUGCGGAAGUUUCUCGUUUCAGCAUUUUGAAUGGAGAAAGACUUAAUGCUCUCAUUGCCUAUGUCAGUGUACUGAAGAAGUACUUUCCUGCCCGACCUUAUGGGAGAACGCUAAUAAGCUCUAUGUAUUCCUGGCUCCGUGAUCGUGCUGGGACAGAAGUCCUUUAUAAAGACUUUCAGGAUGUCUUGGACAACAAGGACAAAGUUGAGAAAGCGGUGUUAUCUUCCGGUGUGAAUUUUGUGUGGUGUCAGGGCUCCCAGUCCAAAUUCCGUGGUUUUCCAUGCUCUCUCUGGACCCUUUUCCACUUCCUCACUGUCCAGGCUGGUGAAGACAAAACUGCUAAUCCCAUGGAAGUGCUUUCGGUAUUGCGAGAAUAUGUGAAACACUUCUUUGGCUGCAGAGAGUGUGCUGGGCACUUUGAGAGUAUGGCAGCAGAAUCAAUGAGUAAAGUCAGCAGUCUAGAUGAUGCCAUUCUAUGGCUUUGGGACCGGCAUAAUCGUGUCAACAAAAGACUAUCAGGGGCACCAAGUGAGGAUCCAGAAUUUCCAAAACUUCCCUGGCCAUCAAAAGCACUUUGUCCCUUAUGUCAAGUGGAGGAUGGUGCUGAUGAGCUGGCUUGGGACUCCCCAAAUGUUCUGACCUUUAUGAAGGCUCAUUAUUCAAGGGAAAACUUGGCAAGUGAUUAUCUGGAGGAUGAGGAGGUGCUCUUGGAAAGGCAGAGGAAUGUCACUAAGAAAAUAGAAACCAGCAAGGAAAAGAAUGAAAGCCCAUUCAAGCUAAGAUAUCCAUCACUAAUUACAGAAGAUAAUAAAAAUGAAAACAAUCCAGAUGCAGAUGUUCCAGUCCAUGUAAAAGUAGAGGAGGAAAAGAAUGCUGGUGAAGCCAACUCCUUUUUGCGCAGUUUAUUGCCUAGCAGAUCUCUGCAGGGGUCCGUUGAGCAUGACAGUGACGGUGCCAUCAUGCCUCAGAUACUCCUUGAUAUCCCUGAAGAGGAAUUCGACCACAUUGCAGUGAGAAAACGGCUGUUGAGAAGGGGCAUUGAUGGGAACAGCUACAUUAAUGUUGGAGCUGAAAAGGGAAAUUUACGCUGGGGUAAGACGCUGGAAUUGGGAUUUUCUCGCCUGGACAUAAGCCUAUGUGUGGUAUUCUAUUUUCUUUCCAGUAUGUGCUUGCUCUGCAUGUACCUAUACAUGAGCCUUCGGAAACGUUGCCUUCGGCAGCGAACUUUCUACCCAUAAUCACAAUGUAAUUAUUCUCUGUGUGCUCCUCAGCUCGCCUCACUUCCCAGAUCUAUAAUGUGCCUUUGCAGCCUUCCAGUGCCCACCCUCCCUAUGGCCAACAGUUUUAAAGAGUCAGUGAUUUUAAUAAACUGAUGCCUUUUAUAAAAUAUUA